AUGAAAGGAGUUGAGAAGAUCAUCCCACCUUUUUUUAGGUGCCCCAUAAGUCUAGACUUGUUCACAGAUCCAGUAAUUGUAUGCACAGGCCAGACGUACGAGCGGUCGAGCAUUGAAAAAUGGCUAUCUACUGGUAACCUAGUUUGUCCUGUCACAAUGCAGAAGCUCCAUGAUCCUUCUAUUGUUCCGAAUCACACUCUUCGCCAUUUGAUCGAGGAGUGGCUUCAAUCUGGUAACCAGGUCGAGUCUGAUCGCCUCAAAAUGAUUGACAACGAUCAUUCUAUAGCUGUAGCCAAGCACAUUCUAGAGUCCAAUGAAUCCAAGUUGGAUCAUAAGCUUCAAAUGCUAGAAAAGAUCCAUGCUUUAUCCGUAGAAUUACCUUUGCAGAAUUCAUUGUUGAUUCAAUUAGAUUUCUUCAAGUUACUCUUGGAACUAGUUUUCAGAAAUGAAGAAGGUUUAAAUUUCCAAGAAGAUUUGAGGGUUGUGGAAAAAGCACUUAUUUGCGCUAUAAGCUUAUUGCCCUUCAGUGAAUUGGGGUGUCUAGACAUUCUCAAAGAAGAAUCCAAAUUAUCCCAAUUCAUUUUUCUUCUUGAAAAAGGCAGUAUCAUUAUCAAGAAAUGCUUAUGCCAUAUGGUAGAGGCAAUUUCAUCAAAUUUAGAGACUCAAGAACUUUGUUCUACACUUGGAAAAUCAGAUAAACUUUUGCAAGAAAUGGUUCAUCUUCUUCAUAACAACUCAAAUGCUGUUGAAGAUGGAAUCAGAGCCAUAUCAGCAUUAGCCUUACCGGAGUUGAGUAGAGAGAAUUUGGUUAAACAAGGUGCAAUUCAAGGGCUCAUAACAUACAUUUCCAAUGCAAAGAAGCAAGAAAAUAGCUUGGCACCAAUGGCAAUGGGAACAAUUCUGACACUGCUUUUGUCAGUAGAAAGUGCAAAACAGGCAGUAAUCAAUCACCCGUUAGGCAUUGAUGCAAUUGUCAAAAUGGUUUUCAGAGUUUCAUCACAUCAUGAAGGGAGUGGAAGUGCAGUAAAUUCAUUACUGAUUAUUUGUUUCGAAUCAAAAAGGAUUGGGGAAGAAGCCAUUUGUGCUGGGGUUUUAACUCAGCUGUUAUUGCUGCUUCAAAGCCAGUGCAGUGGGAGGACUAAAACUAAGGCAAGAAUGUUGCUCAAAUUACUUGGAUCUAUGUGGACUGAGAAUCCAAAGGUUUCAUUUUAG